CGCCGGGGCACUGCCGGGCGUCGGUUGGGCGCCUCGACUCAGUCUCCCAGGCGCAGGAGCUGAUCGCCUUCGGGCCGGGCGAGGAGCGGGCCCGCGGAGAGGUCGGCGGGCGGGCGGGCACCUGGUCCCUUUCCUUGCGGCCCGCAGACUUUGCGGUGGUAUCGCGUCACCGCGCCGGAGCUGGCAAGCCUGAGCCCGGCCCUUUUCCGAAUUUCGCCGAAAGCAGCCACGGUUCUGGAGUGUGUGACACGCCCUUGCUGAGGAAAGAGAGCCAGCUUGUUGAGGUCCCCAGAACUACAGGCCUUUGCAUUAGACACCCCCGCCCCCCACUAUCACGGCCGAGAGCUUUUCCAUGAAGACCGCGCAGAGGGUCUAUGCAGACCUGGCUUCCCAUUCCAGGGAGCCCCUGGCUCAGUGUUUGGUGUCGUAGUCUGCCAGAGAGAUUUAAGGAAGAGUUUGACUGUGGAACAAGGCACCAUGAAGAUUGAGCUACUACCUGCCCUGACUGACAACUACAUGUACCUGCUCAUUGAUGAGGAAACCCAGGAGGCCGCCAUUGUGGACCCAGUGCAACCUCAGAAGGUUGUAGAAACAGUGAAGAAGCAUGGAGUGAAGCUGACUACAGUGCUCACCACCCACCACCACUGGGACCAUGCUGGUGGGAACGAGAAGCUGGUCAAGCUGGAGCCGGGGCUGAAAGUGUACGGUGGCGAUGACCGAAUUGGGGCCUUGACUAACAAAGUCAGCCACCUGUCAACACUGCAGGUGGGAUCUCUCAACAUCAAAUGCCUGUCGACACCAUGCCACACUUCAGGACACAUCUGUUACUUUGUGACCAAGCCCGGUGGUUCAGAGCCCCCUGCUGUGUUCACAGGUGACACCUUGUUUGUGGCUGGCUGUGGGAAGUUCUUCGAAGGGACUGCGGAUGAGAUGUACAAGGCACUGCUCCAGGUCUUGGGUCGGCUCCCUCCAGACACGAGAGUCUACUGUGGACACGAGUACACCAUCAACAACCUCAAGUUUGCACGCCACGUGGAGCCCAACAACACUGCCAUUCAGGAGAAACUUGCCUGGGCUAAGGAGAAGUACGCCAAUGGGGAGCCCACGGUGCCAUCCACACUUGCAGAGGAGUUCACCUACAACCCCUUCAUGCGUGUGAGGGAGAAGACGGUGCAGCAGCACGCGGGUGAGACGGACCCCGUGACCACCAUGCGUGCCAUCCGCAGGGAAAAGGACCAGUUCAAGGUGCCUCGGGACUGAGGUGGCCGCAUCCAAACCCAGCGCCACCGCACGUUUCGGGAGUGGGAGUUUUAGGUAAAAAACUGUCCUGCUGGUCAUGUAAAAAUCAUCUUGGUUUAAUUUUAAAUUAAUUUCAGAGCACUUACCUGUGUUAUCAAAUGUUCUAAUGCAUAUUUAUAAGAGAAAAAGUUUAAAAAUAUUUAUUCCUGUAACCUC